UUCCCCCCGCCUCGGCGCUUCUGGCGACUCCGGAGGGGCUACCGCCCGGGCUGCGCCGGGAACGCGGCGGCAGGAAGGGCGGCAGACCGCGCCGGGACUCGCAGGGACCCCGGAGUCCGGCCGCCGGGAGGUUCGCGUGACGAGAUGGAGGAGGGAACCGGAGCUCCACGGCCCAGGGUUGCGGGCCGGGGGCGCCCGUGAGCAGAGACCUCCCCGUCGAGGGGGGGCGAUGUUCCCCUCGCCCGUGGACUCUUCGGGCAGCCAGGGCAUCCCGCCGUUGGGACCAGGGCCCCUUCAGUGGGCACCCCCUCAGACUGCUCCAUGGAGACACUGUGCCCCGCUCCCCGCCUGGCAGUGCCGGCGUCCCCGCGAGGGUCGCCUUGCUCCCCCACGCCCCGGAAGCCGCGUCGGGGGACCCAGGAGUUCUCUCCGCUGUGCCUGCGUGCCCUUGCCUUCUGCGCCCUUGCCAAGCCCCGGGCGUCCUCUCUGGGCCUGGGGCCUGGGGAGCCGCCGCCGCGAGCCCCGGUACUGCUGGGCCCUUGCGCCCCGCUGCGCACGGCCGGCUGGGCCCCGGAUGGCCUGAAGCACCUCGGGGGACAGGCCGAGCGGUCCAGCGAUCCGAACGCAGCGGCCGGCGAGGAUGCCGACGUCGCAGUGUGCCCGGGCCGCCGGGAGGAGGAAGAGGGCGGAGGCAGUUUCCCGCACUUCGGCGCUCGCCCCUGCGCACCUCCGGGCCCCUGCCCGGCUUCCCGGCGCCCUCGGGAAUCUCCCACCAGCUCCGCCUCGUCUCCGCCUCGGCCAGACCCGGGUCUCGAGUCCCAGCCUGGCCCAGCCACCAGCCCUCCUCAGGAGCGCCGGCGGCCGGCGCCGCCCCCGCGCCCCGCGCAGCCCCGCCGCCCGGUACCGACGCUCCCGACCACCAGCACCUUCAGCCUCCUCGACUGCUUCCCCUGUCCCCCGGCCCUGGUGGUGGGGGAGGACGGAGACUUAGGGCCGGCGUCCUCGCUUCGCCUCCAGGGAGACGCUAAGCCCCCGCCAGCCCACCCGCUGUGGAGGUGGAAGAUGGGGGGUCCCGCUGUCCCUGAGCCCCCUGGCCUCAAAUUCUGGGGCAUCAACUUGGAGGAACUCUGAGCGUGGAACCGCUGCUGCCCGGGGUGUAAAGCUGGGGCCGCGGUCACACUGCUUGCUCCCGGAGAGAGCCUCGUUGCUCACGUUUGUCUGACCUCUUCCAUUACGUUUUAUGAGCAGAGGGACCUCAAAUGACAGUGAUCUUCAAGCACCUAAGUGGUCAGGGUGACAUUCCCUUCCCCUCAUCCUUCGCCGAGGAUCCCGGGGCUGGAGUGGGGAGAAGGCUUAACCGAAAAAGGCUCAAUGAAAUAGAUUCCAGGCCCUCCCCCCCUCCAUCCCGGAUCUUUGCGGGCAGGGCCUUCACCCCAGGGGGAGCAAAGACGGCCACCGCUCAAAGACCACAAGGAAGAAAGAGAGACCUUGGUGACGGACAAACCGGUUGUUUCUGUGUCUGUAGGCCAGCCCGGGGGUGUGGGGGCUGUGGUGGGGGUGGGGAGGUGAUUGGCAGCUCCCUGGGGGCAUCCCCCACCCCCCCCGCCUGGGCCUUUAACCCUUUCACUCCCCUGAGGCCUUCCCAAGUGCUCCUGGGACCACUGGCGCCUUACCGGUGAAGGGAGGAGUGUCAGUUUGGGCAAGGGGAAUGUCAUCUUCUUGCUCCCAUCCUAGCCCCCUCCCAAGUCCAGGUGACCUCCAGAUAGUGAGAUCUUGUCUUCGCCACGAGCUUUUCCCUUUUGUCCAGUUUUGGAGUUUCCCGGUUCAGUAUUUCCUGUUUGCUUUUGGUUUCUAAGGUCCCAUGGGUGAAACAGAGCUCCCCACCUAUGAAAUCAGCCCCCUAUCCUCGUUUGCUUCUCAUACUGAGAGGGUCAGGUUGAGGGACCUCGCCCUCAGAGAGUGCCGCCUUUGCCUGGGACGCCUGGGAAAGGGGCCAGAGGAGACCAUCCCAGGGAAAGUAAUGGAAGGUGGAAGAAAUCAAUAAAAUCAGACCAAACAAG